GGCCUAGGACCCCGGCCCCCUGUAUAUAUAGAAGACCCGGGGCCCCCCUGUAUAUAUAGAAGACCCGGCCCCCCUGUAUAUAUAGAAGGACCCGGCCCCCCUGUAUAUAUAGAAGGACCCGGCCCCCCUGUAUAUAUAGAAGGACCCGGGCCCCCUGUAUAUAUAGAAGGACCCGGGCCCCCUGUAUAUAUAGAAGGACCCGGCCCCCCUGUAUAUAUAGAAGGACCCGGCCCCCUGUUAUCUAUUUGAAGGACCCGGCCCCCCUGUAUAUAUAGAAGGACCCGGGCCCCCCUGUAAAAUAUAGAAGGACCCGGCCCCCUUAUAUAUAGAAGGACCGGGCCCCCUGUAUAUAUAAGAAGACCCGGGCCCCUGUAUAAUAGAAUGAACCGGGACCUUAUAUAUAACGGCCCCCUGUAUAUAUAGAAGGACCCGGCCCCCUGUAUAUAUAGAAGGACCCGGGCCCCCCUGUAUAUAUAGAAGGACCCGGGCCCCCUUUAUAUAGAGAAGGGACCACGGCCCCCCUGUAAUUAUAAUCGGCUUAAUUAUGAUAUACAGGACCUAGGACCCGGGCCCCUGUAUAUAUAGAAGGACCCGGCCCCCUGUACUAUAAUCGGCUUUAUUAUGAUAUACAGGACCUAGGACCCCGGCCCCACUGUAUAUAUAGAAGGACCCGGCCCCCCUGUAUAUAUAGAAGGACCCGGCCCCCCUGUAUAUAUAGAAGGACCGGCCCCCCUGUAUAUAUAGAAGGACCCGGGCCCCCCUGUAUAUAUAGAAGGACCCGGGCCCCCUGUAUAUAUAGAAGGACCCGGGCCCCCCUGUAAAUAUAGAAGGAACCCGGCCCCCCUGUAAUAUAGAAGGACCCGGCCCCCUGUAUAUAUAGACAGGACCCGGGCCCCCCUGUAUAUAUAGAAGGACCCGGGCCCCCUGUAUUAUAGAAGGACCCGGGCCCCUGUAUAUAGAAGACCGGCCCCCUGUAUAUAAGAAGGACCCGGCCCCCCUAUAUAUAUUAGAAGACCCGGCCCCCUGUAUAUAUAAUCGGCUUUAUUAUGAUAUACAGGACCUAGGACCCCGGCCCCCUGUAUAUAUAGAAGGACCCGGGCCCCCUGUAUAUAUAAUCGGCUUUAUUAUGAUAUACAGGACCUAGGACCCCGGCCCCCCUGUAUAUAUAGAAGGACCCGGGCCCCUGUAUAUAUCGCUAUUAUGUAUACGGACUAGGACCCCGGCCCCCCUGUAUAUAUAAAGGGCCCGGCCCCUGUAUAUAUAGAAGAACCCGGGCCCCUGUAUAUAUAGAAGGACCCGGGCCCCCCUGCUUAUAUAGAAGGACCCGGGCCCCCCUGUAUGAUAUAGAAGGACCCGGGCCCCCUGUAUAUAUAGAAGGACCCCGGCCCCCCUGUAUAUAUAGAAGGACCCGGGCCCCCUGUAUAUAUAGAAGGACCCGGCCCCCUGUAUAUAUAGAAGGAACCCGGACCCCCUGUAUAUAUAGAAGGACCCGGGCCCCCCUGUAUAUAUAGAAGGACCCCGGCCCCCUGUAUAUAUAGAAGGACCCGGGCCCCCCUGUAUAUAUAGAAGGACCCCGGCCCCCCUGUAUAUAUAGAAGGACCCGGCCCCCCUGUAUAUAUAGAAGGACCGGGCCCCCCUGGUAUAUAGAAGGACCCGGGCCCCCUGUAUAUAUAGAAGGACCCGGGCCCCUGUAUAUAUAGAAGGACCGGCCCCCCUGUAUAUAUAGAAGGACCCGGCCCCCCUGUAUAUAUAGAAGGACCCGGGCCCCCUGUAUAUAUAGAAGGACCCGGGCCCCCCUGUAUAUAUAGAAGGACCCGGGCCCCCCUGUAUAUAUAGAAGGACCCGGGCCCCUGUAUAUAUAGAAGGACCCGGGCCCCCUGUAUAUAUAGAAGGACCCGGGCCCCCUGUAUAUAUAGAAGGCCCCCGGCCCCCUGUAUAUAUAGAAGGACCGGGCCCCCCUGUAUAUAUAGAAGGACCCGGGCCCCCUGUAUAUAUAGAAGGACCCGGGCCCCCCUGUAUUAUAGAAGGACCGGCCCCCCCUGUAUAUAUAGAAGGACCCUGGCCCCCUGUAUAUAUAGAAGGACCCGGGCCCCCCUGUAUAUAUAGAGGACCCGGGACCCCACUGUAUAUAUAGAAUGGACCCCCGGCCCCGUAUAUAUAGAAGGACCGGGCCCCCUGUAUAUAUAGAAGGACCCGGGCCCCCCUGUAUAUAUAGAAGGACCCGGGCCCCCCUGUAUAUAUAGAAAGGACCCAGGGCCCCCCUGUAUAUAUAGAAGGACCCCGGCCCCCCUGAUAUAAUAGAAGGACCCGGGCCCCCCUGUAUAUAUAGAAGGAACCCGGGCCCCCUGUAUAUAGAAGACCCCGGCCCCCUGUUAAUAUAGAAGGACCCGGGCCCCCCGUAUAAUAUAGAGGACCCCGGCCCCCUGUAUAUAUAGAAGGCCCCGGGCCCCCUGUAUAUAUAGAAGGACCCCGGCCCCCCUGUAUAUAUAGAAGGACCCGGGCCCCCCUGUAUAUAUAGAAGGACCCGGCCCCCCCUUGUAUAUAUAGAAGGACCCGGCCCCCCUGUAUAUAUAGAAGGACCCGGGCCCCCUGUAUAAUAUAGAAGGACCCGGGCCCCGCUGUAUAUAUAGAAGGACCCGGCCCCCCUGAAUAUAUAGAAGGACCCGGGCCCCCCUGUAUAUAUAGAAGGACCCGGCCCCCCUGUAUAUAUAGAAGGACCCGGGCCCCCUGUAUAUAUAGAAGGACCCGGGCCCCCUGUAUAUAGAAAGAACGGCCCCCUGUAUAAUAGAAGGACCCCCGGGCCCCCCCGUAAUAUAGAAGGACCCGGGCCCCCCUGUAUAUAUAGAAGGACCCGGGCCCCCCUGUAUAUAUAGAAGGACCCGGGCCCCCCUGUAUAUAUAGAAGGACCCCGGGCCCCCUGUAUAUAUAGAAGGACCCGGCCCCCUGUAUAUAUAGAAGGACCCGGGCCCCCCUGUAUAUAUAGAAGGACCGGCCCCCUGUAUAUAUAGAAGGCCCGGGCCCCCUGUAUAUAAGAAGGACCCGGGCCCCCUGUAUAUAUAGAAGGACCCGGGCCCCCCCCGUAUAUAUAGAAGGACCCGGCCCCCUGUAUAUAUAGAAGGACCCGGCCCCCCUGUAUAUAUAGAAGGACCCGGCCCCUGUAUAUAUAGAAGGACCGGCCCCCCCGUAUAUAUAGAAGGACCCGGGCCCCCCUGUAUAUAUAGAAGGACCCGGGGCCCCCUGUAUAUAUAGAAGGACCCGGGCCCCCCUGUAUAUAUAGAAGGACCCGGCCCCCUGUUAUAAGAAGGACCCGGCCCCCCUGUAUAAUAGAAGGACCCGGCCCCCCUGUAUAUAGAAGGACCCGGCCCCCCUGUAUAUUAUAGAAGGACCCUGGCCCCCUGUAUAUAUAGAAGGACCCGGGCCCCCCUGUAUAUAUAGAAGGACCCGGCCCCCUGUAUAUAUAGAAGGACCCGGCCCCCCUGUAUAUAUAGAUGGACCCGGCCCCCUGUAUAUAUAGAAGGACCGCCCCCUGUAUAUAUAGAAGACCCGCCCCCCCUGUAUAUAUAGAAGGAACCCGGCCCCCCUGUUAUAGAAGGACCCGGGCCCCUGUUAAUAGAAGGACCCGGCCGCCCUGUAUAUAGAAGGACCCGGCCCCCCUGUAUAUAUAGAAUGGACCCGGCCCCCUGUAAAUAUAUAAAACCCGGCCCCCCUGUAUAUAUAGAAGGACCGGGCCCCCUGUAUAUAUAGAAGGAAACCCGGCCCCCUGUAUAUAAGAAUGGACCGCCGGCCCCUGGGAUAUAUAGAAGGACCCGGCCCCCCUGGGAAAUAAAUAAGACCGGCCCCUGUAUAUAUAGAGACACGGGCCCCCUGUAUUAUAGAAGGACCCGGCCCCCCUGUAUAUAGAAGUGACCCGGCCCCCUGUAAUAUAUAGAAGGACCCGGCCCCCUGUAUAUAUAGAAGACCCCGCCCCUGUAUAUAUAGAAGGACCCGGCCCCCUGUAUAUAUAGAAAGGACCCGGGCCCCCUGAUAUAUAGAAGGACCCGGGCCCCUUGGAUAUUAGAAGGACCCGGGCCCCCCUGUAUAUAUAGAAGGACCCGGCCCCCUGUAAUAUAGAAGGACCCGGCCCCCUGUAUAUAUAGAAGGACCCCGGGCCCCUGUAUAUAGAAGACCCGGCCACCCUGUAUAUAUAGAAGGACCCGCCCCCCUGUAUGAUAGAAGACCCGGCCCCUGUAUAUAUGAAGGACCCGGCCCCCCUGUAUAUAGAAGACCCGGCCCCCCGGUAUCUAUAGAAGGACCCCGGGCCCCCUGUAUAAGAGAAGACCCGGGCCCGUGUAAUAUAGAAAAGACCCGGCCCCCCUGUAUAUAGAAGGGCGGCAACCCUCCUGUAUAAAAAUGAAACGACCCGGCCCCCUGGUAAUAUGCAGAAGAGACACAACCAGUGGGCCCUGGUAGCAAGAGAAUACAACACCUGUGGCCCUGGUAGCAGAGAGAAUACAACACAUGGGGCCCUGGUAGCAGAGAGAAUACAACACCGUGGCUCUGUGCAGAGAGAUACAACACCAGUUGGCCCUGGUAGAGAGAGAAUACAACACCAUUUUGGCCUGGUAGCAGAGAAAUACAACACCAUGAUGGCCCUGGGAGCAGAGAGAAUACCCAACCAUGUUGUGCCUGGUAGCAGAGAGAAUACAACACCAUGUGGGCCCUGGUAGCAGAGAGAAUACAACACCAUGUGGGCCCUGGUAGCAGAGAGAAUACAACACCAUGUUGGGCCCUGGUAGCAGAGAGAAUACAACACCAUGUGGCCCUGGUAGCAGAGAGAAUACAACACCAUGGGGCCCUGGUAGCAGAGAGAAUACAAAAACCAUGUUGGCCCUGGUAGCAGAGAGAAUACAACACCAUGUGGGCUCUGGUAGCAGAGAGAAUACAACACCAUGUUGGCCCUGGUAGCAGAGAGAAUACAACACCAUGUUGGCCCUGGUAGCAGAGAGAAUACAACACCAUGUGGGCCCUGGUAGCAGAGAGAAUACAACACCAUGUGGGCCCUGGUAGCAGAGAGAAUACAACACCAUGUGGGCUCUGGUAGCAGAGAGAAUACAACACCAUGUGGGCUCUGGUAUCAGAGAGAAUACAACACCAUGUUUUGGGCCCGGUAGCAGAGAGAAUACAACACAAUGUUGGGCUAUGGUAGCAGAAGAAAUACAACACCAUGUUGGCCCUGGAUAGCAGAGAGAAUACAAAAACCAUGUGGCCCUGGUAGCAUGAGAGAAUCAACACCUGUGGGCCCGGUAGCAGGAGGAACAACACCAUGCGGGCCCUGUAGCAGAAGAAGAAUCCAACACCAUGUUGGCCCUGGUAGCAAGAGAUACAACACAUGAUUGGAGGUUGCAGCAGAUGGUAACAAACACAUUUCUAGCUAAACACUAUUCAUGUACCUAAACAUAUAAGUUACGAGUAGCAGGACUAGUUAUAUCAACAACCUAUUUAUGUAAGCAGUACAACUAUUAUAUUAAGUCAACUAUUAUAUUAAGUCAACUAUUCUAUUACAUCAACUAUUAUAUUAAGUCAACUAUUAUAUUAAGUCAACUAUUAUAUUAAGUCAACUAUUCUAUUACAUCAACUAUUAUAUUAAGUCAACUAUUCUAUUACAUCUCUAUUCUCCAUAGUGCGUGACAGAGCUGUUCAGUACAUGUAUUCACAAGUAUCCAACAUUCCAUUAAGAAAUCCCAUCCAGAUCCUUUGUACAACGCUUCAAUGAUUAUAGGUUGAGCAGCAGAUACUGUGUAAGAGAUGAUAAAAUACUCAUACUAACAACACUAACCGUACUAUUUGUGACAUAAAUUUGAGUAUAUAGUAUGCUUGUUGGUCAUAGUAUGGGUAUAGUUAGUAUGCCAAAAGUUCCCGGAUGUCGUAAGCAGUGGACACUAUUUCCGUGCUUUUAGGGCCCAUAAUGCAAUUCUUCAGAAAAUGGGGCGUGGCUCCUCAACAUUUUCAGAUUUGAAGGAAAUGGCGGGAAAAUGUGCAGCCGCAGUCCAAUGAGAGCGGAUACAAAUUCACUGCUUUAACUAAUUAUGACAAAUGUUAAGAAAAUGUUGAGCAAUGUAAUAAAGUAAUGACUUUUCAAAUAAGUUACGCUACACGUUAUGUUGGCUGACAAUUUCUUAGCUACGCUAUCCUUACGAACCGCAUAGCAUAUCAUUACAGCAGUAAUACAGCAUGUACCGAUAUGUUAGCUAGCUACUUAACGUUAGUUGGCUACUAAUACAUGGAAUACAGUAUGUACCGAUAUGUUAGCUAGCUACUUAACGUUAGUUGGCUACUAAUACAUGGAAUACAGCAUGUACCGAUAUGUUAGCUAGCUACUUAACGUUAGUUGGCUACUAAUACAUGGAACUUGCCAGUAUAUUAACUAUAUGCUAUCUAACUAACUGCCCUACGUUUAUUGACUUGAUUAUUCCCGUCAUUCUUAGUUUAGCUAAGUUGUAUAGCCGUUGUGCGUUCUCAAUGGACAUUCAGGUGCGUUCAUAAAUAUCUAUCGAUCUACUCCGAUUUCAGAGCACUCUCGUCUGAGUGUACCUGUGUCAGAGCGCAGAAUAACUGAUGAAUUCCCGAACACUCAACACCAGUUGAAUAUGGCCGGUGUCAGUAAACGUCAGCAAAAAAAAACUGUUAUUAAAUUGUUGCCAGCAGCACCAAUGCUCUGGAUAACAUGAAAACAGCCUAACCAGCUUUCCUAGGGCAAGGAAAAUGGUCAGUGUGAGGUGUUCUCUCAUUUGUGUCUGGAAGUAGGUAGCAAGUUAGCCAGUUAGCAUGGGUGCUUGACUGCUGUUGCGAGGUCAGAACGCUCGGAUCAACCCUACUCCUCGCCAGAUCGUCCAGUGCCUGGCAUUGUGCGCUCUGAACGCUCAGAGCGAAACGCUCUGAAUUUACAAAUGGACAAUCUGACAACAUUCUGAAAUUACAUAGGGUUUAUCCGAGCAUUCUGACCUCACAACAGCAGUCAAGCACCCAAGCUAACUGGCUAACUUGCUAGCACUCUGGCACUCCAGAUUGAAUUUAGUAACACACCUGAAGUCGUAAAAUGUCUAGCUAGUAAUUCGUUAUGCUAACAAGCUAGCAAGAGGUUGCAUAGCAACAGCACAACUUUCGGUCGACAGGCGAAUCGCUAGUACGCUCAACUGAGAGGAUACAGUUUGUUUUACAGUAUACUAAAAUGAACUAAUAGUAUAUAGUUGCUACAUAACUUGCUACAUUUGCACACACUGUAUAUAUAUUUUCUGUUGUAUUUUUUGACUUUAUGUUUUGUUUACUCCAUAUGUAACUCUGUGUUGUUGUUUUUAUCACACUGCUUUGCUUUAUCUUGGCCAGGUCGCAGUUGUAAAUGAGAACUUGUUCUCAACUGGCUUACCUGGUUAAAUAAAGUAUUUAGUAUAUACUCAUUAAGUAUGUAGUAUACAGUGUGUUUGUAUGUGUAUUCAAACACAGUUAUGAUGUAUUGUCAUUUUGGGCUUAACUUCACAUAGGGAAGGUCUAAGAGAUGGAGAAUGACGUGAUGUAAAUGUGUGAUUUGGUCUGUUCUCACAGGGCUAUGCAGUGAUGAACUUUGUAGUGAAGUACACCCCUGGCAGACAGGCCUACCUGAGACCCCAUCAUGACUCCUCCACAUUCACCAUCAACGUUGCUCUCAACAGCAAAGGAACUGACUUCCAGGUAAGACAUGGUACUGAACCUCAACACAGGAACUGACUUCCAGGUAAGACAUUAUACUGUAUCUCAACACAGGAACUGACUGCCAGGUAAGACAUUUUACUGUAUCUCAACACAAAAGUCCACUCAUCUCAUGUCACUGUAUUUUAGCCCACAGUAGAGCACACAAUGAAAAUAUACAGUUAGGCAGUUGCUCCGCUCCACCUUUUGAUAAGUUGUUUCAGUAAGGAGCUGUGAGUUUAUUAGGCAUGCCUGUUUCCUGGGCUGGCCGGAGGAAUCAAUGACCCCUUCAGAGAGCCAGAUCCUGGCCAGACCGAGGCAGAGCGGGGGGGAAGGCUGCUCCCUUCACUGCCCCACAAAGGAUCAAUGCUCCCCUUCAGAAGGCUGGACCCUGGCCAGACCGAGUUAGACCGCGGAGAAAGCUGCUCCCUUCACUGCCCCACAAAGGACUCUUUCACCAGGAGGCAAAGGACUCUUUCACCAGGAGGCAAAGGACUCUUUCACCAGGAGGCAAAGGACUCUUUCACCAGGAGGGAGCCCAGAGCCUAACACCUGACCUAAAUCUCCCCCUCCUUCCCCCUUCUCCAUCACCCUCUCUCCUUCUCCCUCACCCCUCUCUCCCCCUCCUUCCCCCUUCUCCCUCACCCCUCUCUCCCCCUCCUUCCCCCUUCUCCCUCACCCCUCUCUCCCCCUCCUUCCCCCUUCUCCCUCAACCCUGCUCCUCCUUCUCCCUCACCCCUCUCUGUUCCCCCUCCUUCCCCCUUCCUCCCUCACCCUCCUCUCCCCCCCUUCCCUUCCCCCGUCUCCCUCACACCCCUCUCCCGCCCUUCCCCCUCCUUCCCCCUCCUUCCCCCUUCUCCCUCCCCCUCUCCUCCCCCUCUCCCCCUUCCUUCCCCCUUCUCCCUCACCCCUCUCUCCCUCUCCCUCACCCCUCUCUCCCUCUCUCUCACCCCUUCUCUCCCCCUCCAGCUCCUCUGCCGCUUCACAGGGCCUUCUCAAACAUCCAGGCUGGCCAGGAAGCAUGCGGCAGGGAAAGCUACGUGCACCUAGACUCCUCUAGUUCUCCAUUCAUGGAAGUUGCUAACUAGUGCUAGUGCAAUUGCUAACUAGCAUUAGUUAGCGCAAUGACUGGAAGUAUAUUGGUAUCUAAAUGACAAAAACAGUUGUCAUUAAAAACAUUGAAUUACUUUACUGGUGCAAUAACAAACAUCAAUGUUAAAGAAAUAAGACACAUUCAAAUUUCUAUAAACAGCUAUGCUACAUUGAGGAGGUUAGGGUAGGGGUGGGGUAAGGUGUGGAUUGAUGUGUCUCUGUUUGCACACUGCUCUGAGGUCAGUAAGAGGCCAGGCCAAAUCAUGACAAGGAUAAUCUUAUCUGUAAGGUACUCAGGUGAGUUAAAUAAACACACAGGCACCCAGCGUAGCGCCCCCCUAUGGUGUGACGGUGUCUCUGCCUCUAACCCCUCGCUGCUUCCAGACCCACCAACACACCCUCUUCCAUCAACUUACAUUUUUGUCAUUUAGCAGACGUUCUGAUCCAGAGCAACUUACAGGAGCAAUUAGGGUUAAGUGCCUUGCUCAAGGGCACAUCGACAGAUUUUUCACCUAGUCGGCUCGGGGAUUAGAACCAGCGACCUUUCGGUUACUGGCACAACGCUCUUUACCACUAAGCCACCUGCCUGUACUCUUAUCAACAAUCUUCCUCUACUCCUCUGUGAACUCUGUAGCUUGCUUUCAUGUGGUGAACAUGCAUGUGUGCUCACUAAUACCCUGGGUAAACUGAACUACUGAACCUUCACUCUACACACUGUACUGAACAUCAACACAGAGAGACAGUACACCUCUCAAAUGAAGCAUAGAACCGCUCCCUAGCCAAACUGGGGUCAUGCAUUCUUGACUGCGAUUGAUUCUGCGGUGGUGUGUGUGUGUGUGUGUGUGUGUGUGUGUGUGUGUGUGUGUGUGUGCGUUGGGGAGGGGUGAUGAGAGGGUUAACUGUUCUUUAGACAUGACACUUUUUAAACUCAGUAAGGGCUAAUAGAUCAGGUAGGUAGGUAGGUUAUAGGCUCUUUGUGGCUGUGUCUAUUUCUGUGUGUGAUUAUGUGUGUGAUGAUGUGUGUGAUGAUGUGUGUGAUUAUGUGUGUGAUAAUGUGUGUGAUGAUGUGUGUGAUUAUGUGUGUAUUUGUGAUGAGGGAGUCUACAUUCUUUCCAAAGAUGGUUUUUAUUGAAGCAAUGCAGAGAAAAAUGGAAUUUAAUGUUGUUGACGGAUGGCUUCAAGAUAAUAUAAUCAGGCUGUUAUAACUUCGGAGUCUUCACCGAUCCUUCUCUACGGUUCACACGUGAGACACAUGACAGAAGUACCAAACCGUUUUUCAUAUAGUACAUUAGUUUCUGUAUACCCUGCAACAUUACCCCCCUCUAGGAUCAAUAAAGUAGUAAUCUGUACAGGGCCGUGAUUGAGUGGGAAUACUCCCGGCAGGUCACAUUCCCCACUGGAGACCAGGGUUGAAUUCGCUUUCACUGUUCUCCCCACUGGAGACCAGGAUUGAAUUCGCUUUCACUGUUCUCCCCACUGGAGACCAGGGUUGAAUUCGCUUUCACUGUUCUCCCCACUGGAGACCAGGGUUGAAUUCGCUUUCACUGUUCUCCCCACUGGAGACCAGGGUUGAAUUCGCUUUCACUGUUCUCCCCACUGGAGACCAUCCCCUUUCAAUGAUGAUCAUUUCUCAAAAGAAAAUGUGAUUUGAAUGGAAGUUUAAAAAAAAAAAAUACGCUAUUCAUGUUUGUUUUUUAACAACUUUUAUUACGGUUCCAUCGAUUUCACAAUAAGUUAAGCACUUGAACUGGCUAAGGUUCAAAGUUCAUUCAAAAACAACUUUCAGAGAAAGUAAACAUCUCCUAAAUGUUUUCAGUUCAGAAAAUAAACGCCAGCAAAGGCAUAUUGUCCUGCGAUGUAAAAAACAUUUCAAGUAAAACAAUUUGACAAUAUCCAACUUCUUUCAACCAGAGUUGAAUUUCUUUAUCUGGUGUGCAAAAAUAUAUUUAUUUCCUUGGGCAUGUAGGUCGUAUUAACAUCAGGUAACAAACUGCAAUCCAACGUUCUUAAAAGGGGUGAACAGAACAUGGAUGGACAAUGGUUUUAAAACUACACUUUUUACUAAAGGUUAACCAUACAAACAGGUAACCAAGCUAAAAUGGCUAAAACGAGAUACCUUUUGGCAGAAUAAUCCUUAACACACAUUUCCUUUAGAUUAUGGGUGGGAUUACUGACUAAUUGAUUAGGAUUAUUACACUUUGAGUGAUUUGAAGAAUGAAGGUUCCACUAAAUUUGACCUGAAACGCUGAUGGGGAAUAACAGUCAUCGUGUCCCUUAAGGCACCACACUCUGUUUGACAGAGAGUUUCAAAUGAAGGGGAUCGUCUGACUCUGGCACAACCUUACCCUUGUAAAAAAUUAAAAAAAAAAAAAAAAAAAAAAGGCUUUAUUUUGGGACAGUAAAUUGCAUCAGUAAAAUGUCAUGAGCACAACAUCAGUAAGGCACUGCAUCAUAUUCAGACCAAACAAAACGGAUCAAAUUAACAACAACGAAGACAAAUAAAACCUGAUAAAAUCCUAUGCUAGUGUAGAGGGUAAGGUUCAAGGGUCGAUGAAGGAGACAGCGAUGUACCGUGUUCCGUUGGUGGUGGGCAGGCCUUCAUGGAGGUGCGUCAGACGUCCUGGGUGCAUGAAGCUCCACCCCUUCCUGGGAGAAUCUAGUGAGCAGUUAUACCUGUGGAACCGACAGCCUCCACCCUGGGGAGAGAGAGAGAGAGAGAGAGAGAGAGAACCCAGCACCCAGUGAAUAUCUGUGCGUAACUGUAUAUUUUCAUUGUGUGCUCUACUGUGGGCUAAAGUACAGUGACAUGAGAUGAGUGGACUUUUGUAUUUGAGAUACAGUAAAAUGUCUUACCUGGAAGUCAGUUCCUUUGCUGUUGAGAGCAACGUUGAUGGUGAAUGUGGAGGAGUCAUGAUGGGGUCUCAGGUAGGCCUGUCUGCCAGGGGUGUACUUCACUACAAAGUUCAUCACUGCAUAGCCCUGUGAGAACAGACCAAAUCACACAUUUACAUCACGUCAUUCUCCAUCUCUUAGACCUACCCUAUGUGAAGUUAAGACCAAAAUGACAAUACAUCAUGUCUUUCACCAUCACUUACACAGUAUUUGCUGCUCAACCUAUAAUCAUUGAAGCGUUGUAGGAUCUGGAUGGGAUUUCUUAAUGGAAUGUUGGAUACUUGUGAAUACAUGUACUGAACAGCUCUGUCACGCACUAUGGAGAAUAGAGAUGUAAUAGGAUAGUUGAUUUAAUAGAAUAGCUGAUGUAACAGUAGUUGGAUCAUUGCAUACCUUGGUGUAGUAUCCGGAGAAGACUUUGAGAGUGACGGGGGAUAUGAACUCUCUGAUGAAGUGUAGCCACUCCUUAUCGUAACCGAUCUGCUUCAUGUGGAUGUCAUCAGUCGGCACGGUCUCAUAUCCGCCGGUGAUCCGCUUGUCCUGAUAGGAAGAGAGACCAGAAAACAAGAGAACAGUGAUGGGACAUAUUAGCCCAGCACUUCCUCCUCCUCUGUUUCUGUGCUGUGUGACUGCUGUCUCCAGGGUGAUGGUUAGGGAUGAUGAGGAAUGAGUGGUGUGUGGGUUUAAACCAGUCUCUUUGAAAGAUGAAUGACUUGACUCAGCAGAGACCAACCUGAUGACUCACAGGCUCAGAACCUAGCCACAAAGACCAACCGGAUGACUCGCAGGCUCAGAACCUAGCCACAAAGACCAACCGGAUGACUCACAGGCUCAGAACCUAGCCACAAAGACCAACCGGAUGACUCACAGGCUCAGAACCUAGCCACAAAGACCAACCGGAUGACUCACAGGCUCAGAACCUAGCCACAAAGACCAACCGGAUGACUCACAGGCUCAGAACCUAGCCACAAAGACCAACCGGAUGACUCACAGGCUCAGAACCUAGCCACAAAGACCAACCGGAUGACUCACAGGCUCAGAACCUAGCCACAAAGACCAACCGGAUGACUCACAGGCUCAGAACCUAGCCACAAAGACCAACCGGAUGACUCACAGGCUCAGAAUGUACCAGGGAUCUCAGAACCUAGCCACAUACUGGUAUUAUGAACAACAGUUACUUACUAAUCUAGCACUACACAAAACCACCCACAAUAAUGAAUACAGGAAUCCUUUCAUUCUCAAGUGUUUUGAAGUCAAAUACAUUUAAACUCAGUUUUUCACAAUUCCUGACAUUUAAUCCUAGUACAAAUUCCCUGUUUUAGGUCAGUUAGGAUCAUCAAUUUAUUUUAAGAAUGUGAAAUGUCAGAAUGAUUUAUUUAAGCUUUUAUUUCUUUCAUCACAUUCCCAGUGGGUCAGAAGUUUACAUACACUCAAUUAGUAUUUGGUAGCAUUGCCUUUAAAUCGUUUAACUUGUGUCAAACGUUUUGGGUAGCCUUCCAUUUGCGACCAAGCUUUAACUUCCUGACUGAUGUCUUUAGAUGUUGCGUCAAUAUAUUCACAUAAUUUUCCUUCCUCAUGAUGCCAUCUAUUUUGUGAAAUGCACCAGUCCCUCCUGCAAAAAAGCACCCCCACAGCAUGAUGCUGCCACCCCCGUGCUUCACGGUUGGGAUGGUGUUCUUCGGCUUGCAAGCGCCCCCCUUUUUCCUCCAAACAUAACAAUGGUCAUUAUAACCAAACAGUUCUAUUUUUGUUUCAUCAGACCAGAGGACAUUUCCCACGGUCUAGUCUAGCUUUUGUUGUCAGCUAGUUUGCAGCAUCUGCAGUAGGUGUUAUCAAAGAGGAUGUUGUUGCUAAUUUGUUAGCUUCUCCCUUUUCAAGAAUAACAUUCAACAAGAAUUUAAGUUUAAAAAGAUCAUCAUCUGGUGAGUGGAACUGUGUUUUCUAUUGCAGCCCGCUUGCUGUUGUUAGCCAUCUCUUUGAAAAUAACUUACGCGUGUGAAACAUUGUUGCAUUUAAAGUGGAACUGACAGUAUUUUAGCAACAUGAAAUCUUGCUAAAAUCUUUUAUCAUACCCCCCCCCCCCAGGAAGAAUAUGACACUUUUUAAAACAUUUUCUGACAAGAGACAACUUAGAUAUGGUCAUUUUCACAUUUUCAUAAAUUCAUAGAAUGUUUGGGAAUGACGUAUAGUAAGGCAUUUGUGAAAAUUCUAUAGUAUAGAGUGGGAAAGGGGCGGUGCGUUUGGACAAAUAAUAGACACUGCAGUAAAUAAAACAGAAUAAAAACAUCUGUCUUGUCCAGGACCGGAAUCUACACAGACUGGUGCACUAUAGCCAAUCAGAGCUACAGUAGGCCUUUAUACAAACAAGCCAUUUGCCACACGGGCCUGCCAUCAUUCACUUUGAACUGGACUGUGUGUUUACAGGCAGUAGCAACAGCACGACUUUAGAUCAUUUAGAACUCAUUCGCCAAAAGCCACAAAAUACACCUGAAUGGAUUUCUGCAAAUAUGUCAAUACCACGGGAGUCCUCUUACAUUUGGGAACUUUACAGUCCUAUUGAUCAAACAACCAUGAAAAGGUACUCUCUCCCUCAGUUAUGAACAUCAACAACAACUAAUGCUAGCAAGAUGAGCUAAAAUCAAACAAAGGAACAUUAGAUAAACCCUCUCAAACUCAGCUAGUCAAAAUAGCCUCCUCCUCCUUCUGCGGCUUGGCUGCCACUGAACGCUGGUCCCAACCAAGCACCCAAGCUAACUGGCUAAUAUUGGCUAGCUACUUCCAGUUAACUGGCUAACGUUGGCUAGCUACUUCCAGCUAACUGGCUAACGUUGGCUAGCUUCUUCCAGCUAACUGGCUAACGUUGGCUAGCUUCUUCCAGCUAACUGGCUAACGUUGGCUAGCGACUUCCAGACACAAAUGAGAGAAACACUCUGACCAUUUUACUCUCCCUAGCAGAGCCGGUUAGGCUGUUUAUACAUGUUAUCUAGAGCGUUCUUGACUAACUAUUACUUUUUUUUGCCGACGUUUACUGACACCUAUAAUAUUCAGCGGGUGUUGUGCGUUUGUAAAUUCAUCAGUUGCUCUGCCCUCUGGCACAUUCAGACGAGUGUGCUCUGAAAUCGGAGUAGAUAGCCAGAGUGAAUUUACGAACACGAGAGAUAUGCUAACUGGAUAACAGUCGUUCAAGUUCUUGCUAGCUAACCAAAUGGCACCUGCAUCUCUAGCUGUGUAUAGCCACCGAAAAAACGAUAUGAGGGGGAAAAGUAACUAACUCACCCAAUCCUCCAAUGGCAUGACAUGACAUCCUCCUUGCGGCUAGCUAGCUAUCUAGCUAAAGUUAGGAUCCGUGUUUUUAGCUUGCUACAUAAAUAGAUUAGCUAGCCUAUUAGCUACGUUAUGACUGACUUGUGAUCAUUGCCCUUGCUAGUUUGAUUGAAUUGACAUUCCCAGCCUUAGUUACAUUCGUCCGUUUUUGUCCAGAAUAUUGGGUCAUUGAAACUGAAACAGAGCAUCCCGAAUGGAGGCAGCAAACAAUGUACCAGGCCAGCUGUGAUUUAUAACCUGAUAGCAAUAUGUUUUCUGUGUGAGAGAGCGAGAGAGAGAGAGAGAGAGAGACUGGGUUUAUGUUAUUAAUAACGUUACAGUAUGUACUAUGUGCUAUGUUUUGACCUCUGACCUCAUGGUUGCCUCCUGACCAUGACCCGUAGUUUUCCAUCUCCUCCACCAGCUCAUCACAGGCCCGCUCCGUGAAGACCGGGAACCAGAACACAUCUGGACACGGCUAG